UUUCAAGGCUAAACCCUCCGCCGAUACUGCUCUCGCUUCCUCCUUCUAACACACAAUGCCUUGACAUAUCAAUCGUCUGAACGGAUAAAGGCAUCAUGGAAGCGAACGGAAGCCCUGAGCGGCGCCGCAGCGCCAUGUAUCGGCGAAAUUCGAAUCUCAGCACGGCGAGCUUCAUGACAGACGUUGAGAUGGCGCACGACGAGGUUUUCUCCGGUCCAAUGUCAGAGAGUAUGCCGACAAGCAUAUCUUCAUUUGCUCAUCGCCGACCACGGGCCGACUCGACCGCCAGCUUCACAUACUACGACGAUGAUAGGGAUUCAGAGGAUGGCGUGGAGGAAGAUGCCAUCGCUGAAGAGUACGGAGAGAUUGAGUAUGACGAGGACUUCUCGAUAGAGGACUUGGAGAAUGGCGAUGCUUCACCGCCGCCGCGUCCGCGGAGGAAGUCUUCGGCUUAUUCGCGACGAUCUACCGAAUCGAGGCGAUCCGCCGAUGCGCCACUACUCCAAAGACACCACUCUUCCUCGUCGAGCGUUGGUUCAGCAGAUGGAUGGAGACAUGGCAGAACGAGCCAAAAGAUCUAUAUCCUGACCGAGGACCUGACUAUUGUUGUUGCUGGUUUCAAAACGUCAACGAUACGCUCCGCCUUGUACUAUACAAUUUGUAUAGCCACUGUUGGGUUGGGGUGGCUCAUCUUCCGAUGGCUGCCACGAUGGCGAGUUGCUCUAACCGGAAGGGCUUCGCCACUGAAAGAAUGCGAUUGGGUUGUAAUCGAGAAUCAGUGGGGAGAGAUGGCCGUACAAGACGUUAACCAACAAAGCUAUGGACGUUCCCUAUCUACAGUUUUCGGGGACACAGAAAAGGUUUCAAGAGGCGGAGACUUUGACGACGAUUUUGACCCAGUCAUAAAGCACUUGCGCUCCUUGGACUAUCGGUAUAUUCGCUUCUGCUACCACCCUGUCAAGGACAAAUUUGUCCUUGCAAAUACAUGGAAGGAUCCUGCUUGGACGGACAUAGCCGCGCUCAGAGAAGGACUCGAUGGAGAAGAACGCGAUUACAGAGAACUGGUAUUCGGCCAAAACUUGAUCGACCUUGAGGAGAAGUCUAUCGGUCAACUCUUGGUCGAUGAGGUCUUCCAUCCGUUCUACGUUUUCCAGAUUGCCAGUUUGUUUCUCUGGUCCGUGGACGAAUACUACUACUAUGCUGCGUGCAUCUUCGUCAUCUCCGUCAUUAGCAUUGCUAGCGCCCUGAUAGAGACCAAGGCGACCUUGAAACGCCUACGAGAGGUUUCGAAAUUUGAAUGCGAUGUACGAGUACUGCGAAGCGGUUUCUGGAGGACAGUCCCGUCAGCCGAACUGGUUCCGGGUGAUGUCUAUGAAGUCACCGACCCUGCUCUCACUCAACUGCCUUGUGAUAGUCUGCUCCUUUCUGGUGACUGUAUAGUCAACGAAAGUAUGCUGACUGGAGAGUCUGUACCCGUUUCUAAGAUUCCAGUCACCAACGAAUCCCUGGACCUGCUCAACAUGAGUGCAUCAAGUAUACAUCCGGAGGUCGCACGGCACAUGCUCUUCUGUGGUACCAAGAUCAUCCGCGCCCGGCGACCACAGGACGAUGGCGACGACGAGGCAGCUGCUCUAGCUAUGACUGUUCGCACUGGCUUCAACACAACUAAAGGCGCACUUGUUCGAUCAAUGCUGUUUCCAAAGCCAUCUGGUUUCAAGUUCUAUCGCGACUCCUUCCGAUACAUUUCAGUCAUGGCGUUCAUCGCUGGUAUUGGCUUUGUUGCAUCGUUCGUCAACUUCGUCCACCUCGGACUCGCAUGGCAUCUUAUUGUUGUACGUGCACUAGACUUGAUCACCAUUGUCGUCCCUCCUGCACUUCCGGCUACCUUGACAAUCGGUACAAACUUUGCCCUUUCCCGCCUGAAGCAGAAGCAGAUUUUCUGCAUUAGCCCGCAACGAGUGAAUGUAGGAGGUAAGCUCGAUGUAGUAUGCUUUGACAAGACCGGCACUCUUACGGAAGAGGGUUUGGACGUUCUUGGUGUACGCGUUGUCAAUCGACCAGACAACCGAUUUGGCGAACUGCUCACAGAAGCUCCCGAUGUGCUCCCAAGCUCGCAGUACGAGAGAGACCCAACUUGUGAUUAUGCUGUGCAUAAGGCAGCACUUUACACAAUGGCGACAUGUCAUUCGCUACGGUUGAUUGAUGAUGAGCUUGUAGGCGAUCCGUUGGACGUGAAGAUGUUCAAUUUCACAGGAUGGUCAUUCGAAGAAGGAGAACAGAAAGCCGGUGCAGAUCUCGAAGAUCCUGAUCAGAAACUGUCGCCUUCCGUCGCUAGGCCCCCUCCGGGACGUGAAUUCGAUAUAGACGACCCGGAGCACGAUACCAACAGGAAACCGGUCGAACUAGGAGUUCUGAAGUCUUUUGAAUUCGUUUCUCAACUGCGACGAGCAAGCGUUAUCGUGCGCCAAUUUGGUUCCAAGAGUGGUCAAGUCUAUGUCAAAGGCGCUCCAGAAUGCAUGAAGGAGAUUUGUCGGUCUGAUUCUUUUCCAACAGACUACGAAGAUUUGCUGGCAUACUACACGCACCGUGGCUUCCGCGUUAUUGCGUGUGCGACAAAAACGAUUGACAGACUCAACUGGCUCAAGGUACAAAAGAUGAAGCGCGAGCAGGCCGAGAGCGACCUAAACUUCGUCGGAUUCAUUAUCUUCGAGAACAAGCUCAAGGAGAGCACAACACCUGUCAUCGAGGAGCUGGAAAGGGCAAACAUUCGAACGGUCAUGUGUACCGGCGAUAACAUCUUGACUGCCAUCAGCGUUGCAAGGGAGUGUGGUCUUAUCAAUAAGACCGCCCAUUGUUUCAUACCGCAUUUCGUGGAAGGCGAUUCGCGAACCGCACUCGCUAGACUGGCAUGGGAAAGUGUCGACGAUCCAGUCUUCAAGUUGGAUGAAAAUACCCUUAAGCCAUUGCCGCCACCUGCAGAAGCCGAUGUAUCUCUGCCUUACGACAUUUCCAACCUCAGAAACUACUCUCUGGCUGUCAGCGGAGACGUGUUCCGCUGGAUUAUCGACUUUGCUUCCGAGAAGGUACUCCGUGAGAUGCUUGUGUGCGGACAAGUAUUUGCUCGUAUGUCUCCUGAUGAGAAACACGAACUCGUCGAGAAACUCCAAAGCAUUGACUACUGCUGCGGUUUCUGUGGCGACGGAGCCAACGACUGUGGUGCUUUGAAGGCAGCAGAUGUCGGCAUCUCAUUGUCUGAAGCAGAAGCAUCCGUCGCUGCGCCUUUCACAAGCCGAGUAUUCGACAUCUCCUGCGUCCCCGAAGUCAUCAAGGAAGGUCGUGCCGCGCUCGUGACGAGCUUCAGUUGCUUCAAGUACAUGAGCUUGUACUCCGCCAUCCAAUUCACCUCCGUCAGCUUCCUCUAUGCCUCCGCGUCCAACCUCGGCGACUUCCAAUUUCUCUUCAUCGACCUCCUCCUCAUCCUCCCCAUUGCAAUCUUCAUGGGCUGGUCCGGCGCCUACCCAAAGCUCUCCCGCAAGCGCCCAACCGCCAGUCUCGUAUCCCGCAAAGUCCUCACCCCAUUACUCGGCCAAAUCGUCAUCUGCGUGCUCAUCCAAUCCCUCGGCUUCGAAUUCGUGCAAAAACAGCCCUGGUACAAACCCCCCAUCAUCGACAAAGACCACUCCAACUCCCUCAACUCGCAAAACACAACCCUCUUCCUCGUCUCCUGCUUCCAAUACAUCCUCUCCGCCGUCGUGCUCUCCAUCGGCCGUCCCUUCCGACAGCCCAUGUCCCAGAACCUCCCCUUCGUCACCACCAUGUUCCUCACCCUCGCCAUCACCAUCUACAUGCUCUUCGACCCGGCGAAGUGGGUCAUGGAGCAGAUCGAACUCACAUACAUGGACACGCAGUUCAAGUUCUUCAUCCUCGCGCUCGGCCUGGGCAAUUUCGCGGUCGCGUACUCGGCUGAGAAGUUCGUGCUCCCCGCGCUGGCGAAGUGGAUCGGCAUCGUCAAGGUGAAGAUCAAUCCCAAGUGGAGGAAGAAGAGGAAGGCGUAUAAGGAGAUUUUGGAGGCGAUGCGUAUGUGAGGAUGCGGCACGAUGGAAUGGAUUUAUUUGGCAUCUAUGUAGAUGCUCAAGAAAAAAUGUGCUUCGUCUCGGCAAGACAAGACAUGCAAGAAUAUUAUUCAUUUCGUGUAUCUGUAUUUUGUUGGGUUGCAUAGCACGUACGAUUAGAUCGAUCUGUAUCAUGAAAUGUCAUUGCAUUUGAAGCACC